CCUGGGAGGAAUGAGGACACGGUCUGAAUGUGGGGAGAGCGCAGCAGGAACACAGGAUCCCACAUCCCACAGAGAGAUCCAUGCACAGGACGCAGUGCCUCCCCGGGGUAGACUCCACCAGAGACUGGACCUGGCUACACAACAGAGACUCCCCAUGGGCCAGCACCCCUACCGCUGCAUCAGUUGCGGCAAGAGAUUCAGCAACCCCUCCGCACUGACCCAGCACCAGCGCACGCAUACCGGGGAGAUGCUGCAUCGUUGUGCUGACUGUGGCAGGAGCUUCAGACAGUCCUCAAUCCUGAGAAUACACCGGCGUACGCACACCAGGGAGAGGCCAUACUGCUGCACUGACUGUGGCAAGGGCUUUGCACGGAGCUCAAACCUAAGAAUACAUCAGCGCACGCACACCGGGGAGCGGCCGCACCACUGUGCUGACUGCGGCAAGAGCUUUGCAGAGAGCUCAACCUUGAGACGACACCGGCGCAUGCACAGUGGGGAGCGGCCGUACUGCUGUGCUGACUGCGGCAAGAGCUUUGCACGGAACUCAAGCCUGAGAUCACACCAGCGCCUGCACACCAGGGAGCAGUCGUACCGCUGUGCUGACUGCGGCAAGGGCUUUGCACGGAACUCAAGCCUGAGAACACACCAGCGCGCACACACUGGGGAGCGGUCGUACCACUGUGCUGACUGUGGUAAGAUGUUCAGCAGUGGCAAGACGCUGACCCUUCACCAGCCCAUGGACACUGGGAAGCGGCCGCACCGCUGUGCUGACUGUGGCAAGGGCUUUGCGCGGAGCUCACACCUGAGAACACACCAGCGCACACACACAGGAGAGCGGCCACACCGCUGUGCUGACUGCGGCAAGGGCUUUGCACAGAUUUCACACCUGAGAGUACAUCAACGCACACACACCGGGGAGCGGCCGCAUCGCUGUGCUGACUGUGGCAAGGGCUUUGCACAGAUUGCACACCUGAGAGCACACCAGCGCGCACACACCGGGGAGCGGCUGCAGCACUGUGCUGACUGCAGCAAGGGCUUUGCAGAGAGCUCAAAGCUGAGAAGACAACAGCGCGCGCACACCGGGGAGCGGCCGUACCACUGCACUGACUGUGGCAAGAGCUUUGCAGAGAGCUCACACCUCAGAAGACACCAGCGCACGCACACUGGGGAGCGGCCGCACUGCUGUGCUGACUGCGGCAAGGGCUUUGCACAGAUUGCACACCUGAGAGCACACCAGCGCACACACACCGGGGAGCGGCCGCACUGCUGUGCUAACUGCGGAAAGGGUUUUGUACAGAUUUCACACCUGAGAGUUCAUCAACGCACACACACUGGAGAGCGGCCGCACUGCUGUGCUGACUGCGGCAAGGGUUUUGUACAGAUUUCACACCUGAGAAUACAUCAGUUCACGCACACCGGGGAGCGGCCACAUCACUGUGCUGACUGCGGCAAGGGCUUUGUACAGAUUUCACACCUGAGAAGACACCAGUGCACACACCAGGGAGUGGCUGCACUGCUGUGACGGUUCUGGGAAGAACUUCAGCAGAACCAGUUCACUGACCAAGCAGCAGUGCAUGCACGCUGGGGAGAGGCCAUUCCCAUGCACUGACUGCAGCAAGAGCUUUGGAUGGGCCUCCUUGAUAUCACAUUGGUGCAUUCACAGCUGAGAGUGGCAGUGCAGCUGUGCUGACUGGAGCAAGUACUUCGCAAGAUUGGCCAACCUCACCCGGCACCAGGUCACUCUCACCAAUGCCCUUCUGCCAAUGCCAGGGCCUGAGGGGCUUCUGGCAGCCAGUGGGCCUGGCACAGCACCAGCAGAUGGAGAUCAGGGAGUGGUCCUGUCCCCAUGAUGCCCAGCAGAGAGACUGCGUGGGGCAAGGAAGGAGACUUGGUUGAGCAGUGUGGGGAAGAGCAGACAGGUGGAGGGAAUUUAGAGCAGAUGGUCACAGCCUACUCCAUUAGGGAACCCUCCCCCCCCCCAUGUAGGUGGGAUCCAGCUAGGGCUCUCUCUCUCUCUCCAUCCCGACUCACUCACGCAUCUGGCUGGGACACACACACGAUCCCCCCGUCUAGAUGGGACUCAGCCGGGAACUUCCCCCCACGCCUUCCUUGGUUCCAGCCAGCGGGUGACUCUUAGGACUGCAAAUCCCACCUCUAGAUGUUACCCGUGUCAGCAUGGAUUGGAUUGAGGGGCGGGGCAGGAGAGCCCAGUGUGCGUGAUUGAAAGGAGACUCAGGAACUGCUCAUGCCGUCUAUUUUAAAUAGAAAUGUGAUGAAGAAGAACUACGUACCUAAUGUGUAACAAAGGUCUGUCUAAGCAGGUGUUUCUUUGCUGUUAAAGAAGCUGAUGCAUUCACACGGCAUGUGGAGAAGCCAGUGUAAAGUGUCAAUCUUUAAGGUGAACCAAUUAAAGUGUUCUAAGGCCUAACUGCCCAUGAGGCUGGAUGAACGGUGUGACUGUCAGGUACACAGAUAGAGUUUCCCAUUACUCCUGGGGGAAUUCUGCACUUAAAAAUACUGUGAACAAUAUUUUAAAAUUCUGCAUAAUUUAUUUGUCAAAAUAACACAAUAAAAUCACUAGUUUCAA